GUUUGUAUAUAUAAGCAAGGCCGGGCAACCAGAAGGUAUCAGUGUGCAUUCAGCCAGCAAAUUUGUAGCGUGUAAUUAGGUUUUACAAGAUCUCUAAAUCUACUUUAAAAAUGAAACUGUUCAUCGCACUGUCCGCCUUGUUGGUUGUGGCCGCCGCUGGUGGUGAACACUAUGUGGAGCACAAGCACAUUCCGAUCGUGCACAGCGAGCUGAUACAGAGCAAUGACGGAAACUUCAAAUACGGUUAUGAGUCGGGCAAUGGAAUCGUCGUCCAGGAGGAAGGUCACGUCAAAAACUUCGGCAGCAAGGAUCAUGAGGCCAACGUUGCCCACGGAUCAUACUCGUACAUUGAUCCCCACGGCGUUCCAGUUUCCGUGAGCUACGUCGCCGACGAGAACGGAUUCCAGGCCCAUGGAUCUCACAUCCCAACACCACCACCACUGCCAAAGGAGCUGGUUGAGGCCUAUGCUAAGGCGGGCAGUCAUCCUGAGGCCCACCAUGAGGAGCCCGAGAUCUACAAGGGCCACUAAGCAGAUUCGGCACCGCAACUGUGCCCUAUAGGAGAUAUUCUCCCAAAAUGAGUAUAUGCCAAAAUGUGAUAGUCUAUCCGAUUAUCAGCCGGAUAGUGCCUAGUAAAAUUGAUUUUAUUAGAUAUAUUUAAAACAAAAAUUAACAGUGAAAAUGUAAAUAAAAAUGUGCUAUUAAUCAAUGUGCCAACGAA